GGGCUCUCCAUAGCUGAAUAGUUGGAUUAGCUUCUGCAGGCAAACGAAGCGACUGAUGUAUGGAAUUUGAAGGUUACUGAAAACCAUGGAGAAAAGAGAAGCCUCAUCUUGACAGCAAGCAAUGGCACGAGAAACUUCGGCAUCUGUUGAAGAAUAACUGCGUUUUUUGUGCGAAAAUGUAGCAGAAAUUAAGAUAUAAACGUGGUAAUUUGUACUGUACCACUGACGCAGUUUGUAAUGCUUCUACAGAGACAAGCGGCACUCUUGACUACUGUCUUCGCGAAUGCCAGUCAGUGAGGAUCAGUCUGAACAGCUGACGUAGUCAUUAUGAAGGACGAAAUCCGGCCCAUCGAGACAAAUACCGUGAAGAAUUUCUGCCACGGAAAUGAGAAAUCUUCUGCAGCUUUGUUCACGGAGCUGUGUGAGAUUAUCACAAGUUUGUUUGUCACAACUAUCCUCAUGUACCUGUGGCCUUUAGUGUCGACUCGGGCUGAUUCACCAGAAUCUGUUGCAGUAAGAAUAUCCAGGAAAGCAAUUUUCCUCCUAUCAGUUAUAUAUUUUAAUGAUCUGGUUCUGAGGCUGUUCGAUAAUGUACAGAUUGAAGAUAAGUUUUAUGUAGUAACAGCAUCUGUCAGUAUCAUCAGUAGCUUUCUGCAUGCUUACGUAGCUCACUUGGUGUAUGGCUAGUUAUGAGGAUGAAUAAGUGAAGAAACGAUUUCUCAAUUUUAGCUCAUAGACGCUGGAUGCGAAUUCCAUAUGACGAGAAGCUUCUUGCAAAGAUUUCUCGGCUUCUUAAGCAUGAUGUCCAAUGAUGAGGCUUCAUGGCCACAGUGCAAGUUUGUUUGUUUAACUCAAUAUCCGAUACUCAAUAGAAACAAGAUUCUUGCACGGCAACCUU